CUCUCUUUUCCAAUUCUCUACUUCUCUGUGGAAAUGGUUGCCAUACUCCCUCCCUCUCCGCAAAAACAAUCCAGCGGGCGGGGUGUGUGAUGCGAUGUGAUGUGAUGUGAUCGACCCGUGCCCGUAUGCACCCUCAUCACCGUGACGUCAACGAUCACCAAGCACUCGUAUAAGAAACGACCCCGUCCGGCCCGCACUCCAACUCCAACCGCAGCUCAACUCACAGCCCUCGCCUUCCACAAGCACACAACCACCACCCAUUACCACAAGCACACAACUACCGCCCAUUACCACCAUCACAACCACCACCACCACCCAGCAUGUGCGACCACACACCCAUCCCGGGGGCAUUCGACACGCAGACGAACCCGUCCACCGCCGGCCGGGGCCCUGUGACCACCGAGCAAAAGAUCCUUGAAACAGGCGCCUCGCUCGUGCAAGAAUUCUUGCCAACCAGCAACAUCUGCGCCUUCCUCAACGCGUUCCACGUGUACGCUUCGGACCCCUCACGGGCCGUCGAGGCACAACACUACUGCGCGCACGUAUCAUCGGACGUUCGCCAGUGCAUAAUCUACGACUCACCUUUACCCAACGCGCGGCUGAUCGGCGUCGAGUACAUGAUCACGCCCGAGCUGUAUGCGACGCUCGACAGCGAGGAGAGGAAGCUGUGGCACUCGCAUGUGUUCGAGGUUAAGUCUGGUAUGUUGAUCAUGCCGAGACCGAAGGGGAGCUUGAUGCCGGAAAUGCUCUGGGAAAAGGCGGAGACGCAGGAGAUGAGGGAGGUGGUCGGGCUGUAUGGAAAGACGUGGCAUCUGUGGCAGGUGGAUCGGGGAGAUACGCUGCCGCUGGGGAGACCGAUGCUUAUGCAGAGUUUGCUGAACGAGACGGAGGGGUUUAAGAAGCUGGUCAAGGAUAGGGAUGAGAGGUUCGGUACGGAUAGGGAGAGGAAGAGGGAGCUGAGGAAGGAUAUUAGGAGCCCGGAGGUCCAUGAAGAUGCGGAUCAGUGGGAUCAUAGUAAGCAGGUGUGAGUGAGCGAUGGAAAUGUGAUCUUUGUAUCAUACAUACAUACGAAUCAUCGCUACUUAGCUAUCCAAGUUGUGGCGCCCUUAAUUCAUUCCAUGAGAUCGCCCG